UGGCAGCAUUAGGCAGUCCCGUGAAACAUUUGCGUGGGAGUUCCCUCCACCGCCAUGUCGGGAUAGUGCACAUCUCUCUCUCUCCGUCUACGCGCAUCCUCCCCCAUAUUAACAGCUUAGCGCUGCAGAAGCAUCUCGUUCUGCCUCCAGCAUCCAUCCUUCCUUCCUUCCAUCCAUCUAUCCAUCCAUCCAUCCGUGCCUGGGGAGCAGCAGUCCAGCCCGGUGCAGCACCGACGCACGGAGGGGGCGCCUCCACUGAGUGAUGCCAGUGUUUCAGUCGCCUUCUUUCGACAAGAAAGAGUAGAUCCUACAGGAAGGGGGGUAGAGAAUCACACGUUUCAGCCUCGAAAACGGCAACUGCUCAUGAAGAUGUCUAACGCUGACAUCGUCUUAAACCCCACCGAUCGGGUGGUGAAAUCUGUCCCCUUCCCCUUGAGCCAUCGCCUUACAAUGAAGGAAGUGUUUGACUGCGAAGGAAAACCUCGUGUGGAUCUUUUGAAGGCUCACCUGACCAAGGAAGGCCGUGUGGAGGAACCCGUGGCCCUCCGAAUCAUCAAUGAGGGAGCAGCCAUCCUCCGUCAGGAAAAAACGAUAUUAGACAUAGAGGCUCCAGUCACAGUUUGCGGGGACAUCCACGGGCAGUUCUUUGAUCUCAUGAAGUUGUUUGAGGUUGGAGGAUCACCAGCCACAACGCGGUACCUGUUCCUUGGAGACUAUGUUGACCGUGGCUACUUCAGUAUCGAGUGUGUUUUAUACCUUUGGUCACUGAAAAUCCUCUAUCCAAAGACACUAUUUUUACUUCGUGGAAAUCAUGAAUGUAGACAUUUGACAGAAUAUUUCACCUUCAAACAAGAAUGUAAAAUCAAGUACUCAGAGCAAGUGUAUGACUCGUGUAUGGAUGCGUUUGACUGCCUUCCUCUGGCAGCUCUCAUGAACCAACAGUUUCUCUGUGUACAUGGUGGACUCUCACCCGAAAUACAAACCUUAGACGACAUUAAAAAGUUGGAUCGGUUCAAAGAGCCACCAGCCUUUGGGCCAAUGUGUGACCUGCUCUGGUCUGAUCCUCUGGAAGACUUUGGCAAUGAGAAAACUCAGGAGUACUUCAGCCACAACACAGUGCGAGGCUGCUCCUACUUUUACAGUUAUCCGGCUGUAUGCGAGUUCCUGCAGAGCAAUAACCUUUUAUCCAUUAUCCGAGCGCAUGAAGCACAAGAUGCUGGCUACCGGAUGUAUCGCAAGAGUCAGACCACUGGGUUCCCCUCCCUCAUUACAAUCUUCUCUGCACCAAACUACCUGGAUGUUUACAACAACAAAGCUGCUGUACUGAAAUAUGAAAACAAUGUGAUGAACAUUCGGCAGUUCAACUGCUCACCACACCCUUACUGGCUGCCCAACUUCAUGGACGUCUUCACCUGGUCUCUGCCAUUUGUGGGAGAAAAGGUCACGGAAAUGCUGGUGAAUGUGCUGAGUAUCUGCUCCGAUGAUGAACUCAUGAAUGAUGAAGAUGAAAUUUUUGAUGCCAAUGCAGCUGCACAGCGCAAGGAAGUAAUCAGAAACAAGAUCCGUGCUAUCGGUAAGAUGGCCAAAAUGUUCUCAGUUCUCAGAGAGGAAAGUGAAAAUGUGCUGACGCUGAAGGGCCUGACUCCCACAGGCAUGCUGCCCAGUGGGGUUCUGUCUGGAGGCAGGCAGACACUGCAGAGUGCCACCAUUGAAGCCAUUGAAGCCAUCGAGCCGCAUGAUGAGGACGUAGAAGCGAUCCGUGGGUUUUCCCCCCAGCACAAGAUCACCAGCUUUGAGGAGGCGAAGGGCUUAGACCGCAUCAACGAGCGCAUGCCACCACGCAAGGAUGGAGUGAACCAUGUGGGCAACUCUAUGGGCAAGAUGAAUAUGUCCGAAGCAAACGGAACAGAAGACAACAGCAACAUCCAGUGAUGUGCUGUCAGAGCCUCAGCACCAUGCCGCCGCCACUGCUCUGCGCAGCAAGACUUUGCUUAAAUCAGAAAUUCAGGCCUUAGAACAUAGAAAUCCAACAGGGCCCACAGAUAGAACCUGAAAUCUGCAGAAAAUUUUUAAACGGAUGAAAAGGUAAUUUAUUUCAUGACAGUGAGUCGUUGCACAGUAGGGGAAGGGGGAGUCUGGCAUUUGCCUCAUGGACAGGGGGUGAAAGAGACCUGGUGGCUGCAACCUGGCUACAAAGAAGUGAAACUGAGAGUCAUGUCUGAUUGUUGUUCCCUCUCUGAACCCAAAUGCAAACUGAAAUGCUGGGACUGUUGUUUGUGUGCUGACACACGUGCUCCUUUAUUCCAGGGCAAACAGAUGACUGUCCAUGCCGCACGAAUCAUCUUAGUGUUUUAUAAUGUAUUUACUAUGAAUUGAUCACAAAUUCACAUCAAGCGGACAACAUGUGUUGUUAAUGUUAGACAUCACUUUCUGAAGGAAAAAGUUGUGACUUAAAUCUGUUGACUUAAUUGCAACUGACUGAGGACAAGGUGCUUCUUUUUUCCCAUAUUGGACAUAGCCAGAGUCUGAGAUCAAGAUCCACCUUGGAGUAUGCUUCGGUAAUCUUCACGGUUGCUCCUUUCUUUGUCUUCCUUCGACGUCAGCCACCUCCCAGCAAGAUCAAACUUGGAGGAGGUGAGGGAUUGAGAAGGAGGGGAUAAAAAGAGCAUUCCACUGCUUGCUGAAGGUUGCUCGUUGUCACAGACCAGCACAGAAAUUUUGCAUCUAAUUACAUCACAGGACCCUCCUUUGUGUUCAUCAGCAUGAUCAGGUGAAUCUCAGUGGGUCAGAAUUCUGUCAAAAUUCUUUCCUCCUCCUUUAGCGAACUAUCCAGCAGGUUGCUUUACAGAUUGGGUUGCCUCCGCUCAGGUCCUUGAUGAAAUUCACUUUGCUGGUGGCCUUGGAUCAUCUCACUUCUCCCGCAUUUACAUGGAAUCUUUAAGAUGAGAACUGAUUGAGCUAUCUGGGACUCACCGAGCACUCCAGAAGCUAAACGGUCGUUCAUCAUCAGCUUCCAGAUACAGAGAUCAUAGGAAUAUGUGCAAUCAUGUCACACGUGUACAUCUGCAGCGGAUAAGUUUCUGCACGUUUUUCUGUGCUGCCUAAUCAAAGAGCUUUUUAUACUUAUAACAGGAUACUCUGUCAAAUGGAGAAUGAGGUUUUAGACAUUUAUGAAGUAAAACUAUUUCAAUCUGUUUUAGUUAAAGAUCAUAGAAAAUCAUUUAUUUGAAAUAUGCAGAUUUAGGUCCAUACAGACACAUAUGCAUCUUUUAAGUAAAAAAAUAAAUUUGAUGAACCUAAACAAAGGAAGACAAAUUUGUUUUCUUUUUUUAUUAUUAUUUAUUGCUGAUUUAUCAUGUAUUGAUAAAGGGCAAUCAGAAAAACCUUCUGGGCAUCAUAUAACUUAGGUUUAUGAGUUUAUCAUAUUAAAUUCACCAAAUGCUUUAAUUUGUAAUGUCUUGUUUCUUUAGAAGACUUUAUUUUAUCAGAUUAUACUUGAAAGAGGAAUACAGACAUGAGAUAUUUGCUGUGACCACCUUAGAAUCCAGAUUCAAACAAGAGAAUAUUUAAGCAUCAAACAUUCUGGUUUGGUAAAAGAAAAACUUUUUAAAAUCUUUGAAAGCUCCGGUUGCAUAAAGAAAUUAAUCAAGUUUUCUGUCAUUCAUCAGAUUUUUAUUUUACAAGUUUGUAUUUUAUCUUUGUAUCAAUUGAUCAAAGUAUGUGAACUGAGGGGGUACAUAAAAGUGACUUUUAACACAGCAUCUAUGGUAUGGAACGCAUCAAUGCAUGCAAUUAAGUUCCUAAUUGUUACGUGAGAUUAUAAUCGUGAUAGUUGUGUUUUAAAUAGUAAACUUGAAUUCUUUUUUGUUUUGAGCUAUAUUUGUAGUUUUGCCUUGUUUUAUAUUUUUUUAUAAGUAGGCUUCCUUUGAUUGUUUUGACCUUUUUUUUCAAUUCAUUAUUUAUAGCAACUGCUUUUCAUUUUAUAUUUUUGAAUUAUUGUAUGCAGAAAAGCCCUUUUACAGUGUGAAGCCUUGUGUUACUUUAUUUUAUUUUUGUACUGAUGUACAGAAAAUGUUCAGUAGUGUGAAUGAAUAUAAUCUCAGUGAAAAGCAACUUUCCAGGCUGCCAAAGCAUGAUAGCAUGGUUUUUAAAUGUAAAUGAUCUGGACACAAGGAAAAUCAGGUGUCACGCUUACAUUUAACAGGAAAUAUUGUAUUCUGGUUAUAUUUACUGCUGAUAUUAUUAUUGUUACAAUUUAGCUUAUGGUUCUUUUCCUUCCUCCUUUUCUGGUUCUUGUGUGGUUUACAUGCAUACUUCAUCAAAGAAAUAUAAUGAAUUUAAUCUUGCACCAUUUUUUAUUGUCAAUUAAAAUAUGUUUUGGCAUUUGACUUCUUAAAUAAUACACACAUUGUAAGCAUGCCCUAUGGGACAAAUCACAUUUUUUACUCUUGAAUAAAAUAUGCAUGAGCAAAA